CCGCGGAUUUGCGAUUUGCGAUUUGCAGACCUCGUGUGGACAAUCACAGACCCUUUUCCUGCGCCCACAAUGCAUUCCUCACUCAAUCGUCUACAAGCCGUCUUCGGCUUCUUCACCACCGUCGCGCUGGUGGUGGCCGGGUUCGCCGCGCUCUCGGUGCUCCUGUUUCCCACGGAUACGACGACGGCUACGGUGCAGUUGAAGAACGUCCAGGUCGUCAAAGGCCGACCACACUACUACUCCACCAAACGUGAAGAAUACGCCCAAAUCCGCUUCGACCUCGACGCCGACCUCUCCCCACUCUUCAACUGGAACACGAAACAACUCUUCGUCUACGUCUACGCCACCUACUCCUCCUCCGACAACACAGACACUCAAACCCGUGACUCCGAAGCUAUAAUCUGGGACUCCAUCAUCCCGGCGUCUCCAUCGCCGUAUUCCUGGGAGAUCCUGAAGGAGAAAGCUACCGCUUUGAUUCCUUCCUCGCUCACUGCUUCUUCGAAGUCCUCGUCCGGGGGUAAGCGCGCUACUAAGCGCAAUACCAAGAGCAAGACUAGCGCCGCGAAGAACAAGAAGGCUGCCGAACCCGCUACCCCGGGUGUCCUGCGUUUGCGGGGACAAAAGGCCAAGUAUCAGAUCAGUGAUAUUACGGGACGAUUGGCGGAGAGGCAGAAUGUGACGUUGUCGGUGGGUUGGAAUGUGCAGCCGUGGGUUGGAGCGUUGUGGUGGGCUCCUGCGACGGGGGCGGUACCCAGGACGGAGGGUCAGAUUGUGAGCAGUGAGAGCUUUGAUUUCCCGGCUUUGAAGGGGAAAAAGGUUGAAGGGCAGACGGGGCAGGCGAGUGCGCAGUAAGAAGGGCGUUUUUUUUGUUGACGGUGUGGAAUGUGUACGGUAUUGAAGGCCACAUUUAUCUUGGACUUGGGAUUUUUGGGAAAAGGAUACUUUGGUAUUAUAUGCAUACAAAACAAGACUACAGAUCUAUUUCCGG